AUGCGCGAUUGGCCCAGACGUUGGAAGAGGAGGGCUUUAAUGAGUCUAAACCUGAAUAAUUGUAAUAAAGAGGCUCAAUGGAAAAAGUUGUACAGAAAUGGUAAUAGUUUUCGCGUUCCUGACGUUGUGGAUCUUGAAAGUUCUGAUAAUGAGACUCAACAGAAAAACUUCCUCAAGAACAACAAGAAUAGACUUCUUGAAGUGGAUGAUGAAAUGGUGGAUAUGGAUUAUAUGAUGUUUUUGAAUAGUAUCAUAGGACUAUUUUCUUGUAGUAAUCAGGCUGAUGGUGUGGUUGGCGGUGGGGAUAAUGAUGAUAGAAAUGACCAUGACAUAAAUGAUAAUGAGGUGGAUCCUGAUUAUAAGAUAUUCAUGGAGAAAUUAAGAAAAGAUGGAAACUCAUAUGUGGUUGAAUUUGAUUUGAGUAAUGGGGUGGUAGUGCUUAUUAAGUAUGAAAUAGAAGAUGUUUCAUGCAUUGGACAUGGAUUAGAAGAAACUGUAACUGCAGCAGACAGUCGAAAGGAAGAGAAUGUAGCGACUACUAGGGUUCUGAGAAGUGCUUCAAAGCUAUUAAAGAUGGAUGGUCGAAUAGAAUUAGAUGAUGUUUUGAGUAAAGGAAAAACUAAGAGGCGAAGAACAUUUAGGAGCACUUCGAGAGGAGACAGGGUCAGAACUGAAAGAAUGAGUCCAGUGGCUGAGAAGAAAUUUCAGGUGGAAGCUAGAGAACCCAUUUCUUGCCCAACAACUCAAUGUUCAGGCAAAACAACAAGUCUGGAUAUUCAUCAAACAGCUAACAAGAAAUGCAAAUAUGAAAUGGACUGUAAUAUUGUAGAUGAAAGCUAUAAAGAGUUCCUCAAUUGCUUGAAUAAUUUGCGCAAAGAAAAUAUGGACAGCCCAGGUAAUUUGAGGAAUAUUUCCAGGAGAGAUAGGGCCAGAACUCAAAGAAUGAGUCUAGUAGCUGAGAAAAAUGUUGAGCUGGAAGCUGAAGAACCUGUUUCUUGCUUAACCAUUCAACAUGUUACGCAAAGACCAGGACAAGAUAUUCUUCAAACAGUUGAGCAGAAAUGCAAAUAUGAAACAAACUGUUAUAGUUUAGAUGAAUGCUAUCAAGACUUUGCAAAUUGCUUGAAGAAUGAUUUGAGCAAAGGAAACAUUGAGAGCCCUAGAUCUUUGAAAAGCAUUUGGAGGAGCAACAAGAUUACAACUGAAAGAAAGAGUUCAGUAACUAAGAAGAAUGUUAAGCUGGAAAUUGAUGCGCCUGUUAUUAACUACAGUGAGAUAGAUGAAUGCUAUCAGAAGUCCCUGAAUGGUGAAAAUCCUUUAUUUACCCCAGAAAAAACAAAAAAUGAGAAGGAUAAGGAGAAUUUAUCUGAUUCAGAUAUAAUUGCAGUGGACAAUUAUCCAUUUUCUGAUGGAAAGGACAACCCAUUUGUGCCUUCAAAGUCAUAUCAUCCACUUGAACUUAAUAAACGAAGACAUAUGGGAACCCAGUUCUACUCUUUUUCAAACCAGUCGUUCGUCAUUCAGGGAGAAGCUUAUUGAUUGUCUGAAAAAGCCUUUCAGCAAAAAAGAAUACGAUGAGCUUUUGUUAAAAGUUAACGACCGCAAGCCAAUGGAGCGCGAGAGAUGUUUUCGAAAUGGGACCACAAGGCCGUAUAUUUCAGAGGUUUGUGGAAAAUCAUAUCUUGAUUACUGCGGAGAUCUUGCAGAAAUGAUUAAGUUACAUGCAAUGGAUCGCCCAAAAGUAUUGAACCUAUUGCGAGGAUUUUUCUAUUGGUUGACUAAUGUGGCCCAUGAAGGAGCAUUUCGACCAUGGUUGGAUUCGGCAUGUUUGGAGGUGAUGCCAGAAGUUCUGCCGGAUGAUUUGUCUGUGAUAACAUAGAUCUCUGGAUACCAUAGAUCUCUUGAUGCAAAUGGAACACGUGUCUAGUAAUGGCAAAUGACCAGAAAAUUUGGAACUUCAGGAUUGUCCUUUUUUUGUGAAGCCCUAGGCUUGGAUUGGUGUAUGACACAAUAGCUCUGCAGGGCAAACUGUCUCAAAAUGUGGUUAUUUUCACAUGCUACAAGCCGAUGUAUUAAUUUGCGGUUACAUUUUGAUGUAAUCACUCUACAUCUUGAAGCUGGUCGGCAGUGCUGUUAAAUAGAACACGUGGCUUCCCCAUGCUGAAA